CCCCUCCCUCUGCUGCCUAUAAAUUCUCUCCUCUCUCCCCUCCCUCUCUCUCUUCUCUUCUUCCUUCAUCAUCAUCCUUUCACUUCUACAGAGGUCAACCACAACGCAACUUCUGCUCUUACUUCAUCCUUGUGACGACCAUUUAUCAUCAUCCGAGAUGGCAAAACCUACCUUAUGCCAGCGCAAAAUGCUUGACGCACAAGCUGUGCAAGCUGGGCAAGCCUCCACUCCCCCGUCGGAAAGCUAUUGAUCAAAGACCGCAUUAGCUACCAGGUCUCACUAACCCCCACACAGACCGAGAUCGAUAUGGUCAUCGAGGAGACUCUUCUUGAUCAGCAGGAAACGAUUGAAGAUUGUAACGUCCCGCUUGAGAUCGCCGCUAUCAAGACGCUCCUCGGCCAGCAACAGGACUCAAUUGAAGAAAACGGCGAACUGAUCACCAUAGCCGAUGCCAAGAUUUUCGAGCUUGAGCCUGUGAUCAACAAGAUCGAGGAAGAGUUUCCGAUUGUCAAGAACAAACUCCGCGCCUACUGCAAGCAAACGCUCGAUAGUUUCUCCGACGAGCUUGACGAUAUGGCUAGGGCCGACAGAGACAAGUGGGACUGUGUUCACGAAAGUGGUAAAAUGUCCGAGUUGAUCGACAAGGUGUCAGAGGAGAAUGCGACGCUCAAGGAGAAGAUUAAAACGCAGAAAUCUGCCCUCAUUAAGCAGAAGAUCGCCCUCAAAGAGGAGAAGGAUGCCAACAAGCAGCUCAAGUCCGACGUGGCCAGCAUGAUGCGUCGACUUGUUGCAGUCGAGGAAGUCGUUCACCCGGCCAUGUGCGAGGCGGCUGAGCAGAAGCUUGGAGAGCUGGGUGUCUGA